AUGGCGGCCAACGCUCUUACGCUUAAGGAGAUCCCCACCCUUACACAACUAUAUCGUGCCCGAGUGUUAUCACCAGCCAAACACACCAUGGGCAGUGCCCCCUCCAAAGCACUGAAUGACACUUUAUCACACAUUCGACACGACAUUACUAAACUGCAAGUGGACUGCAUCGUCAAUGCCGCAAACAGAAGCCUCCUAGGCGGCGGAGGAGUAGAUGGCGCCAUCCAUCGCGCCGCAGGCCAUCGACUCCUCGAUGAAUGCCGCGCACUGGGUGGCUGCCGUACAGGUGAUGCAAAGAUCACGAAUGGAUACAAUUUACCCGCUACAAAAAUCAUUCAUACCGUUGGUCCUAUCUACGACGAGGAUAAUCACGAAUUAUCAGAAACGCUCCUCCGGAGCUGUUAUCGUCGAAGCUUGGAGUUAGCUGUGGAGCAUGACCAGCGCUCGAUAGCUUUCUCUGCUGUAAGUACCGGUGUGUAUGGGUAUCCGAAUGAGGCAGCGGCUCGAGCAGUUCUGGACGAAGUUGAUAAGUUCUUGAGGGAGGGGGACAAUGUCUCCAAGCUCGAACGGGUUAUUUUCUGCAGCUUUAUGCCUGCUGAUGUCAGAGCGUAUGAGCGCUAUUUACCGGCUUACUUCCCUCCCACGGACGAAGACAUCGAGACCGCAAACGCAACUCUCAAGUCGCAGACCAAUGACGAUACCGUGAUUGUCGACAUCAAUGAAGAUGACAGCUACGAUUCAGUAAGUGAAGACGAACAGGACUGGGAAGAGUUGUCCAGAGAUGGCGACAACAAGAACCAGGAAUUGGACGAAGAGCCCAUCGAGUUGCAUUCCUGGGAGGCCUCGGUGACGGACGUGCAGAGUAUGCAGUCGAGUACAGCCGAGUUUGAUGAAGUGUCGAAAUCCGAAACCGAGAACAAGUCGUGA